AUGGCGAGUCCGAUCUGGUACGGUGCUUAUUGUACGCCCGGUUUGCAGCAGACGCCCAGUCCGUUCGUGCAGGCCACUGCGUUUGUGCAGCCGGGCCUGCUGGUGCAGUGCCCAAAUUGCGCUGCUCGUUUUCACGUGCCCGCCGGUGCUGCCAGUUUCGCUCCACCGUUCACACAUUCACAGUUUUUACGAGGCGCAACGCCGUACGCUCGUUCAUCUGCUGUGUCAAUGUUUCAACAGCAACCACAGUACCAUCCUGAACAGUUUUUUCCGCAAACUGCAGCGCAGAGUUUCGUCCGACCGCCGUCGCCGUACAACCCCGAGCGGCCUCAGCAUUUGAAUCUGGCCCUUGCUGCACAUUCCAGUGGCUGGCGAUACGCACCGCAGAGUGUCAGUGGCCAGAAUACGGUCGGUCGUGUCCGCGAGCUCAUCAUCGAUAUUCUUACUUCACCUGAAUGUGAGUUUGGUAUAACGAGCUCACGGCUGCUUGCUUUGCUGAAACAUGCGUGCGUUACGCACGGAGUAUCGAACUUGCCCCCAACAGUUGAAGCCUUCGAGAAUUUCCUGGACUAUCACAUGGCCGAUUAUGUUGAGGGAGGGGAUGGUAUUUAUCGUUAUCGUCGUCCAAGAAUAUCCAUUCAGGAGACAGGAACCGCAAAUUCGCCUGUUACAGGCCCAAGCCGUAUUGGAACUCCUUUAGGGGUUUCCCCGUCGAAUGACGCCUCUCAUAAAUGCACGAAUGUGGCACCUGUCGUGACGGAGCGUGAAAAUGUGAAAACACCGCCACAGACGGAAAAGUCACACGUUGAGGAGAACGUUUUGGCGGCUGAAGGCGUACCCGAACAACAGGAAAUGGUUGUACGAAGGGGCGAGGAGGAGUGUAAAAUGAGUGAUGCGAGAGCAGCGGGCGACACGACUGCAUCUUCUGGAAAUGAUGUGAGUAUAUUCAGUGCUGUUUAG